CAUUCACACGAGACGGCCAUCGAGAUCCAAACAAACAUCUUUAGCUGAAUGUGGCUAGCCAAAUGUUACCAUGAACAGCUUUGAGGAAUAGCUUAGUAGUAUUUGGAGGUGACAAUGAUUUCGGUCAGCUAUAUUCUGAUGUGCGGACAGUUCCUGCUGCUAUUAACGGCCAUAUUGUUACAAUGUUUGGAAGGAAUCCACUCGCAAAAUUCGACGACAACGGAGACUCCUGCUUCUUCUCCCGGUCCGGUUUCUACUUUGCUCCCCUCCAGCGAACCGCCCGACAGUGCAAACUAUACGGAGCUCGAGUACAAACCUCCGUCACCUGUUGUCCUCUGCAGCUAUCUACCGGAGGAAUUCAUCUACUGUCAAGACCCUGUGGAUCACGCGGGCAACUACACUGCCUAUCAGGAGAUGGAACAUGUUGGUUGCAUCGGGUGGGGUGGCCAGACCCAAAAAGAGGUGAACCACACACGGGUUUUCUGCACUGCACUCGAUGAUAUAGAAUGUGCCGGACCCAGAGAGUUCCUCAGAGAGAAUGUACCCUGCAUCAAAUACACUGGACACUACUUCAUCACCACACUGCUGUAUUCCUUCUUCUUGGGCUGUUUCGGGGUUGAUCGUUUCUGCCUGGGCCACACAGGGACUGCGGUUGGGAAGCUGCUCACUCUGGGAGGCCUGGGAAUCUGGUGGUUUGUGGACCUGAUUCUGCUUAUCACCGGUGGACUGAUGCCCAGCGAUUACAGUAACUGGUGCACAUACUACUGAGAGCGACAGCAAACUGCAACUAAGGACUCCGGCCACUUUGCUGUCUGAUAUUUAUCAGCCUAAUAAGGAGGACUCCCAGGACGUGGCCUCUGCCUGAGUUGGCUUAUUAGAAGUGGAAUCGGGGACCUCCUGAGGGCUCCUAUGGGGUUCCCAGGAGCUCCAGUGAAAAAGAAGGAAUAAUUUGCUAUCAUUAAAAUAAAUUCACUUCUUGGAGAAUGCAUAAAACUCAAGGCUUUUACCACAGCUACAGUGAUGGUGGUUUUUCCAGUUUCCUGAUUUCUCAAAAAAGGUCACUUUCAUGCUUGUAGUUCAGUUCAUUUUGUCCAAUAUGAGUGGAACAAUAUGAUUCAUUGUUGCCGUUUAGUUCUGGUCUGCUGGAAUGGGCUUCUGUUUUUUUUAUUUUGUUGAAUGUCAUCCUGCAUCCUGAAUGUCAGUACCCACAAUGGAAAGAAAGAUGAGUAUAUUUCCAGUGUAGCUGAUUUGUUACACCCACUUUCUAAUCAAGCAUACAGAUUCACAUGGAUUAGGACACAAGCACAACAUGUUAUAUCAAAGGGUUUAGACUUGCAACUUUCUUUAGCAUUGAUGCUCAGUAGAUAGGCUUGAUAGAAAUCAGUUUGCUUUCACAGCACAGGCUGCCACCAGAGUUCAUUUGGAAGCAAACGGAGGCCCCAUGAUCCAAAGGUUGCCUCAACACCACAUCUGUCCGGGCCUGGGUAACAGUUUCUGCUGCCCAUUUGGCUCAAAAGUGUUGUUAAAGCUGGUGCAGACUGAGAUUUCAUGAGGAAAGGACAAUUCUGGUGGAGGUGUGAAAGCAAAACUACCAAAUGGAGGAUUUUAUGGGAGUUUGUGUUUUAGGCGUGUUAGAAGAAUUCUUGUUAUACUCUCAUUUAAUGUACUCAAACAUGCUCACAGUUUUGUGGAAAUCCAGAACUUACAGCAACAGUGUGUUGCUGUAAGUUCUGCAAACUCUAAUUCUGCAACAGUGUGUUGCAGAAUUAGAGUUCAUUAGCAUGAACUCUAAUUCUGAGGACAAUUCAGUGUGUUUGUGAUUCACGAGUAUUUCAUUUUUGAUGUCUUUCAUUGGAUGUUUGGGCUGCUUUCCUUGUUUAUGCGGGCGUCUACAGUUUAAGUUUCUGGACUUGUUUAUGUCAUCCAGUAAAGACAAUGAACCAGGCUCCUUUCUUUGUUGCUGUCAGGAGGACAAAGUAGAACUAUCAGUUAGGGUAUUUUUUGGUUCAAGCAUAGCCUGUAUAAAAAAAUUGACACGGUCAAUCAUGCCACCCGUUUUGAAGCCUCGAGAUGAGGCUUUUUGGCCAUCUUCAUCUUGGUGUUUUAAAGCCGUGUGUGUGGUGUGGAUCGGACAAAUCACACACUUAUUGGCUGCCAGCUUGUUGUUAAUCAAUGAGCAUAUCUCAGAUAAUCCUGCUUUCUCAAACUUAGGACUAAAUAUGACCCAAAAUGAGUGACUGAUAACAUAAACUCAUCAGGAAAGUGUUUACCUAGGUGAGGGCCGAGGGUCAUUUUCCCAUACACUGCUACAGGACCAGGAGUACAUAUGGAACCGCAGCCUUUGCCCCCUCAUGUUUGCUCAUCCAUCUUUUAUAUGGCCUACAGCAGGGGUGUCAAACUCAAUUGCACAGGGGGCCAAAACUCAAGGCACACUUUAGGUCGCGGGCCAAACAAGAUAAACAUUUAUUGAACACACUAAAACAAUGUUUUUUAAACAUAAAUAUGAAUAAAAACAGACAGGAAUAUUAUUCCAGAUUAAAUAAACUUAAAAAAAAAUAAACUUUAACUUUAAAUAUUUUGCUCUUUAUAAAACUAUAUCCUGUCAAAAUUAUGCAAGUUAGAAAUAUGAACAUGCUGCCAAAAACCCCAGAAAAAAAUAAAUGAAAGCAUACACAAGGUUCGAACUGCAUCAGGAAUGGAACUAAUAAACAGUGUGGGCCAUUCAGUGUCGUACUUUCCCUUGAGUGUAUCAUUACACUGCAGCUCCAUCUGAAUCUGCACAGGUGCAGUUCAGCAAA